CCUCUAGGCAACUAAAAUGACAGUUGCCAGUAGCAACAGCUGAAACUUUGUGGCUCUCCAACAAGACCCAUUCUAAAAGACUCGUUGAAGUAGUAACGUUAAGUGAACGAAACUGAUUUAUGCACCUCCAAGCUCGUAUACCUUUUUCUAAAGAAGGCAGUCGACAUGGCAUCACCCCACAGCAGUCCAAAAGACCUAAGGAAGAUGAUAAGAGACACCAAACAGGACAUGGACGAUGUCCACACGUCUUUAGAGAAACUGCGUGGCCUUUCCCUGGAAGAGAGGACGGAGUCAGGGAUGCUGCGGUCAAGGAUAGACGAGCAAUCAAGUUUGAUUUGCAUUUUGAAACAAAGAGCCGAUGACAUGCUCCUUCGUUGUCAAGCUCUCGAGCAGAUAAACUCAGAGUUAGAACACCUGAGUGCAGACGUACAGACCAAACUUGACAAUGAAAAGAAGAAAUCCAUGCAGUUAGAGCAAAGAUUUAUGGAUCUGGCAGCUAACCAUCAGGAGCUGAUACAUUUCAAGGAUGAGUACAAAAGACAGAAUGCCAAACUAAAACAGGAGAACGAACGACUUCAGGAAGAGAACGAUAAUAUUUUCUCUAAAGACUUACAAGACAAAGAAGCAGUUAUUUUGAAACUAACACAAGAAUUGAGAGACCUUGCUGAGCAACAUAGAAGUCUUGAUAAUGAAUAUCAGGGAAAAACAACUGGAUUCCAGACCAAACUUAAAGGGCUCAUGGGUCUCCAUCAAACUAAGGAGGUGUCCUUACAAGAUGAAUUGCAUGAUGCUCAAAGACAGCUGAGGGAUGCAGUGGAGAUGUGCACAGAACUUGAUCAACAGCUUAAAAAAGCAAGAGAAAAUUAUUCAUUGAAAGAGACACAGAUGCAGAAAAAAAUUGAGGUCUUGGCCAAGGAAAAGGACAAAUUAUUGGAUCUAUCGAUGCAAAGGGGUAAACUAAUACAGGAUAAACAGGUGGAAAUCCAGCAGUUGGAGACAAAAAGGCAAGAGGUCGAAAAAAACAGGGCUGCUGCAGAAGAAAGGUUUGAAAGAGAGGCAGCUGUGGUGAACACUAAUUUGAAAGUCAAAGCACUCCAGCACGCUCUUGAUCAGUCUGUGAACACUUGCAACAAGCUGAAGAAGGAUUUUGAAGCCUAUAAAAACCACAGCACCGACCUGCUUGAAAAGGAAAAGGAGUUAAAUGCCAAGCUGCGCCAUAUGAUUGGCUAAGACUACCAUUCCAUCCAACCAUUCACUGAUGUAAUAAGAUAGAGUAUGAAUUUGCUUAUCUUUUUUUACAAUAAAACAAAUUCAUAUUUUGAAUUUACUGCUGUUCACUUAGUCACAUUAAACCGAUUAGACUUGUGAUUCAGGAUUUUCAUUUGUUGAUGGUUUAGGAAGUAGCAAAGUAUUUAUCCCCUAUCAGGUAGAAUUGGAAAAUAACAAAUAUUUACCACAAAGAAUCUUUUGCACACCACAAGCAACAUCAUAGUACUCAGAUCCAAUGUUUGGGUCAAUGAUACGACCAGUACAGUAUAAUCCAGGGAGUCCACAGCAGGAUGGAUACCCAGCUCAGCAAUAGCACGGGUUGCAUCGAAGUGGUGAUCGAAAGUAGU